AUGACCGCGUCGACUCAAAGUCCCGACAUGAACAAGAGGAGGGGAAAAGGAAAAAAGGAGGAGGAGGAGGAGGAGGAGGAGGAGGAAGGGGAGUGGGCAGCGCGCUUGCCAAAACAGGCGCUCUGGAAGGAACGCCCUGGGGGCCCAGGCGCUGCAGGCCGAUGCUGCGCACAGGCCUGGAGGAGGAAGACCAGCGAAUCUUCAAACCUCGGCCCUUUUGGUGGGGGCGCCUACGGAGACCAUGGGUCCGGGGGGCCCGCAAAGCAGCAGCGCGGAGCGAGAGGUGGCAGCGGCCACGGCGCGGAGCCAAAAGCCUGGGCAAGAAACACGGCUGCCACGCAGAAGCAGCAGGAGAGAGACCAGAGGCGGAGGAGCAAGACGCGCUCCGGCGCGCGGCUGCCAGCGCCGAGGCCUGGCGAGCAACCGACGGGGAGGCUCCCGGGAGGAAGCCUCGCGCACCGUGGCCUGGAAGAGCUGCCCCGCCUCGGGCCGCGAGACGGCGCUGUGCCGUACCGCAGAGUGCGCCCUGCACAGCACGUGCAUGCACACCACUCUCACGGCGCGCAGCUCGUCGCUGGUGUGCGCUUUUGGCUCUCCGCCUCGAGAACCCGUCGAGCAAGAGAAGCCGAAGAGAGAGCACUGCAGGCGCACCUCGGAAGGGCGGCCGCGCGAGGGGCCACGCCAGCCUACACCGGCGACGAUACAGUCCACAAGUUGCAGGAGGAGGAGGAGGAGGAGGAGGAGGAGAAGGAAGAGAAGGCGGAGACGGAGGUGAAGGCGGAGGCGGAGGCGCAGGAGGAUGGCAUCCGCCCGGACAUCCAAAGACGUACAAAUAUCAUUGCUGCAAGCGCGCCGUCGCGAGCCAGCCGUGGAGAGCCGCGCGCCACGCCGCGGCCAUGA